AUGCCGACGAGAAGCUUGGCUGACUCGACAUCCUUUUCCAGUGAACACGUCAGUGGCUCUGUUACUCAGAUCUCUUCCCGUUUUACGGCCAGGCUCUGGUUUGGACUUUUACAGGAGGCUCUUGGAUUCAAGAAAAGAGGGGAAGAGGGGAUUCACCUCGCGAACUACAAGUAUCUCCUAAAAUUCCAAGGGGGCCAGAUGUGUCUCUCUACCAGUAGCUUAGUCGAGUUGAUCGCUGCUAAGAAAUCGAAAGUCAUAGCAGCCUCUUCGAUGGAUUCAUACAGGCAAAGAUUGUCUUCUAAUGUCAUGUUGACGUCAAACCUCAUCUCGAAAAUUCUAGCGAAAUCGUGGUUUGACUUCACAGUUGCCCACAAAAAGGAUAUUCGAAAUCUUCACCCAAUAUGCAAAACAAUUCCGGUCAUUCAAAUUCUCUGCCAGACGCUUGCAGAUGAAUUUGAGCUUCCAGAUUGGAGGUCACCAAACACGCAGCUGAAGCCCCCCAGAACACUCUCCACACCAAAGUAUCAUGCACUGGUCAAUCAUCUUCUCGGGCUGUCAGGGUGGUAUCGUCGCGAAGAUAUAGAGACGUUGCCUCUCGACGUGUGUUUCCGGUACUACUUGACUUUUCACUACCGGUCAAAUGUGCGCGGAGAUCCGGAGCAUCUUGGAUAUGGAAGUUCUGGCUGCAGCCGAACGGACGAAGAACCGGUUUUACCCCGGCACACCCACCAGCUCUGCAAAUGUGCAUAUAUUGAGGCCCUCACUUCCACCGUCGAAGGCUGCGUUUCGAACAAAAGGUUUCCCGUGUUCAGAUUUCGACAGGAUUCAGGAACGUCAAGAGUCCUCGAAACCAGGCUCUUCGAUCUCACUGAGGGAAGCACCUUAUCGUUCAUCGCAAUCAGCCAUGUCCGGAUGGCAGGCCUGGGCAAUGACGAUGGAAACUCUUUGCCAUUCUGUCAGUUGACCCUCAUCCAAUCCCUUGCUGAUCAGAUGAAUUAUGAGAUUGAUGGGAGUUUCUUCUGGAUCGACACCCUCUGCAUCCCUCUGGACACUCGAAUUCGAAAAACUGCCCUGCAUUUGGUGUGGGAUAUUUAUUCGCGCGCAAGCUCAGUUCUUGUUCUAGACCCACCACUUUACCAACACGUCGUCAGCAGCUCCGAAGAAGCUCUCAAUCGAAUCCGGUAUUCAACCUGGAAAUCCAGAUUCUGGACGUUAGAGGAGGCUUUCGUUGCUAAAAACCUGGUCUUUCGAUUUGCCAACCGGAUGACCAGCCUGCAAGGAUUGCUCGAUGAUUUUGAGGCCGAUCCCGAACCCCAUCGAUCCCGUUUCCACGCUCUCAAGAAACGCAAAAGUUACGCUGACGACAUAGACGGCCAGUUUAAUGCAGACGAGAAAUGUGCAGGCAUCAUGAGGCGAUUUGAGAACGAUGUGCAUGCGUGGUUCAAUAACAACACAAGCGGAACCAUAGUCGUCUCGCCUGACGAGGAUAAACUCAUCCUGUACAAACUUUUGAGGCUUGGUUUUCUCACCGCACGCAAAUUUCGGUAUUUCACGGAAGAUAACGAGAGAAUCCGCGGACAGGCUUUGUGGCACUUUCUGCUAAACACAUACGAUUCAGCGGAAGCCGGGUAUUUGGAUCGCGGGAAUGAUCUUGUGUUGCAGAAGAAGCAGGUAUACGUUCGCCUGAAACAAGUUUAUGCGGCCAGCGAGGGCAGCUUAGAUCCUUGAUAGAGCAAGAUCGAGACCACAGUCGGGAAACAUAUACCAUAGACGU